AUGCACAAGUACCGGCUGAUCUCCAAGAAGGGUGAGGGCACCUUCUCGGAGGUGCUCAAGGCGCAGUCCAUCAAGUCCGGCAAGCAUGUCGCGAUCAAGUGCAUGAAGAAUCACUUUGACAGCAUCGACCAGGUGAACAACCUUCGCGAGAUCCAGGCGCUCCGGCGACUGGCGGGGCAUCCCAACAUCAUCAAGUUGCAUGAGGUGAUUGCGCUCGCACUGCGAAAUGUCCUGCCCAUGCGCCGGGGCAACGUCGUCUCGAUUUGCUGCGUGGCAGCGGUGUGGUAUUGGACCAGCGCCCUUUGGGCCGCAGUGACCAAGGACAUUUUGAGCCAGUUGCCCGGGCCGAUCUACCCAUCCACCAGCAUUUGGCUCACCUUCUUGCCCCAGGCAUUGAGCUACUUCCUGGUGCAGAUCUUCGCGUGGCUGGCGGGGCUCAACCUCUUCGAAGGAACCUGUGUGAGCUCGAAGUCUGGCCUGAGCAUGGGCAUUUGGCAGCUGGCCGGCGCCGCGUACUUCUUUGGCCAGCUCUUUACCGUCGCCGCUCUGGCGCUGGACGCGCCAAGCAUCAUCUUCGUGGUGAAGGCCAUCGAGCCGUUGAGCACCGCCCUGCUGGCGGUGCCGCUGCUGAAGCAGAGCUUCAACCUCCGGCUCUUCAUGGCCAUCCUCGUGGCAUGCACGGGGAUCAUGAUCACUGCCUGGGCAGCCCACGGUGGCAUGGAGAGGGCCCACCAGAGCCACGUGUACCUGGCCAUGGCUUUGGGCAUGUUGGCCAACGUCGGCUUCUCGUCCCGCGCCUGCGUGGCGAAACGCGCCUUGGCCUUCGAAAGCAGCGAGCCUUUGGAGGCCUAUGGGAAGCUCACCUUGGCUGCCACGCAGAGCGGGUCGGUGCUGCUGUUGCUUUGGCUGCUCCUUGGCCACGCGGUGCUGGGUGACGCCGCCGUGGACGGCGUGCUGCGGCACCUCCUGACCAGGCCGGGGCCGUGGUUCGUGGCAUCGUUCACCUACUUCCUCUACCAGAGCGCCUCCAUUCUGUUGCUGAGCUGCUUUCUCGUGGAGACCCACGCGCUGCUGGUGGCGCUGAAGCACGUCUUCGUGGUGGUUCUGGCAUCUCUGAUGACCGGCGCUGUGCUGAACAGCGAGAUGGUGGCGGGCCUCGCCAUUGUGUGCGCCGGGGUUGCCUGGUACCUCGCCGGUGGCAAGCCCGAGAAGGAUGCCGUGCUCCCCUGCAAGAUGCCGGCGGAGGACCUUACGGUGCCUUGGGCAUUGGUGGCCCUGGUCAUCACCGUUGUGGCGAUCGGCACCGUGAUGCCCAUGUGGCGGGUCUAG